AUGUCAUUAACAACUAAUAGAAUUGCAUUAUCAACAAUUAAGGAUAGUCAUUUGAACUCAUCACCUUCAAACACCCCUUCCAAAGACAAGAAACGCCCAACGUUAUACAAUACAAAUAAACCCAAAUCUAAAUUAUUUAGUCCUUCACAUAUGAGGAUUAGACAACCUGAUUUAAUAACAAAAUCAUUUUCAAUUGCUCAUUCAGCAACUAGUUUGAAUAAAAAGUUUUCACCAUUACGUGCUGUUAGUUUUUCUGAUUAUAGAUCGACGUUAUCAAAUAAACCAUCAUCAUCAUCAACGUCGUCGUCAUCUCCAUCGAAUUUGAAACUUCAAUCCACUGAUGACGCGUUUAAAAAUGAUACAAUUGGAUUAGCUGCUACUAAAUUGAAAUUAAAAUUGCAAUUGGCUCUUUAUAAAGUUCAACAAAACAAACAAACACGCCUCAAAGCCACAAAAUACUAUAACAACAACCAAAAUUACAUCAAUAGUUAUAACCAUAAAAUUCAUAAAAGUAAUGGUCAUAAAUCAAUGGCAAUUAAACUCAAUUCAAUAUUGGGGUCACUUGAAAGUCCUCCAACUUCAAACAGAACAUCACCGGUGUCGGCUUAUGAAUCACCAAACACUACUAACAACAACAACAACAACAACAACAACAAUAAUAAUUACAUGUUUAAAUCAUCAACAGCAUCAUUACCUACACCACCAGAACAAAUAACCGCCGCCACCACCACCACCACUGCCAAUUAUUAUUCUCAUUCUAUUAAUGUCAAUUUAAAUGCUACUCCAAGAUUCAACAAAACAAAAAUGUUGAAAAAUAAAAAAGUUGGUGAAACAAUUAAUAGUGCUACUUCAACUUUAAAUAAAGUUGCUAAUUCACGUACUAAAAAUAACAAAAUUAAUAAAUCUUCCAAACUUAAAUUAUUUCAAAUUAAGAAAAAUUCCAUUUAUUAUUGUUCAAAUCAAAAGAAAUUACCUUUAAUUCAAAAUGAUAUCAUACAUUGCAAUAAUCAAUUAAAACAUUCUAAUCAUUUAGAUAUUACUGCAGCUGGUAGUCAAUCAUUUAAUAAUAAUAUGAGUGCUCCUUCAUCUCAAGGGAUUAGUGGUGGCAAUAAUAUGUCAUUUUUCACUUAUUAUCCACAUAGUCAAGAACAAGAAUCAUCACAAAACAGUACUACUACCACCACCACAAACAUAGGAGCUACUAGAUUACCAUCAAUAACCGUUGAUCGUACAACCAGUAACAACAACAACAACAAAAAUAACAAUUAUACACAAAACUCAUAUUAUUCUGGUCUUGGCGCUACCAAUAACGCAUUACCAUCAAUUAAUAAGAUUUUGAAAACUCCAAUUAGAAGAGCUAAUAAUGCCAUGAAACAAUUUCUGUUUCAAAGAUCAUUUAAUAAUGCUGCUCCAUUAGUUACUACUACUACUACUACUAAUAAUAAUAAUAACAAUAACAACAGUUAUGGUAAUGAUGAAACUACUAUUGAUGAAGAUAAUGAAAUGACGAUUAUUCAAAACACUACUAUUAAUAAUACUACUAUAGAUCAAAAUGCUACUAUUGUUAUUGAUGAAAAAACCGAAUAUGAUAUUGACCAAGAACAAAUUAUUCAAAAAAACAAACAUUCAGCAAACAAGAAAGAAGAAGUAGAAGAAGAAGAAGAAGACAAAAAUGAAGAAGAAAAUGAUGAUAUUAAUAGUCCAUCAAAACAACAAGAUAUUCUUACUUCAUCACCAUUAAGUAAUCAACAAUUUACUACACCUAAUAAAUUUAGUGUUGCUAAAUCAUUAUUACAAUUAGGUGGUCAUAGAAUGUGA